AUGGUGAAUGGUAGCAAUGGUAAUAUCACCAAUAAUAAUAAUAAUAAUAAUAAUAGUACAAUGACAUCAACAUCGACAACUUCAACUUUAACUUCUACCAACACAUCCUCUUCAUCGACACAAACAGGAAUUGCAAGUUGUUUGAAUAAUUCUACUACUCCUCUACUUUCACCUUCACAAAUAGUGUCGUCUUCACUGCCUCCACUUCAUCCACCCAAUACAUUACCAAUCAUUCCUUCUUCUUCUUCUUCUUCCUCAUCUUAUCCACCCCCACCAACUUCGAUAACGUCUUCGACGUCGGUAUCAUCGUCGUCAUUAGCAACGACGUCUCCUUCACCACCCGAACUACGUCGAAGAGAGCGAAUCAAGUCGUUUAGUUGGACGGUUGGCGAGUCAGGCACUAAUGCGAGAGUGUCUGAAUUGUCAAUGACAUCGUCCAAGAGCAAGUCGCUCAAGAACGAGUUUACAAUACUGUACGACAUUUUAAAGACGCCAGAGAUCAACACGAGUCACCACAUCCACAAGGCGUUGCCGACGACCACCAAUUUACACGUGCCCAAAUACAAGACACUCCUCAUUCAACAUCCGACCUCACCCAACCGACAACUACUCACCAACCUUCUCAUGAGACGUGGCCACAAUGUCACCACGCUCCCAAUCGACAUCAACAUGAUCAAACAAGUACAUACUCAAGACCCAUUCACGCUCUUUAUCUAUAACCAAUCACCGCAUAUCGACCAACCUGUACAUAUCGAUGCACUUUCAUCUUUUCCCUUAACCUCUUUACCCUCUUCCAACAACAACAACUCCAACUCUAACACCUCCAACUCACCCAACUCCCCAUCCUCUUAUCACCAUCAGUAUCACCAUCAUCAUAUCCAACAUGUUCAACAACAACACCACCAACAACAAAUCGAAUAUAUACCAAACAAUGACUCUAUAGAAUUUUGUAAAUCUCUUCGUUGUGUAGUUGGAAAUCAUUGUGUCAUUAUAGUGAUUGCAGAGAGUAAUAAUCCUCUCGAGUAUGCAUCACUCAUUGAUGUUUGCAACGAUUAUAUCCCACAACCACUUUCACCUGUUUUGCUAGACGUACGGUUGACGUGCGCCGAGCGAAUGAUUUCAGACCAGCGAUCGCUACUAAAGAGCGAGGAACUGACGGAAAGCGCAAAGCGAAUGGUUUCUUGCGUCGAAUUUAUGCAAGAUGGCAUUGAAAUAUGGGAUCCCAAUGGACACAUUAAAUAUUUGAAUCAUUCGGUGGCUGCCACAUCUGGAUACUCGCGAUGGGAGUUGCUUGGCAAGGAGUUUUCUUUUCUUAUCGACAACCAAGAACUCAUUCCUCAGAUGUGGGCCACCAUCACUGGUGGAAAGAAUUGGAAUGGUUUUAUACGCACCAAAUGCCAUGUCACCAACCAAGUGAUCUAUUUUGAAACAAACAUCUCCCCUGUAUAUGACUCUUUUGAAAAACUAAUCUAUUACAACUGUAUAAAGCGUGAUGUCACGCAAAAGCGAAUCGACGAGGAAUCUCGUACCAUUGAACAAGAAAAGACACUCGAAAAGUCUCGUCUGCGUCUCAGUAUGAUGUCACAUGACAUUAGAACUCCAAUGAGUGGUAUCAUUGGUAUGACUGACCUAUUAUCAGAGACUGAUUUACAUCCUCAACAACGUCAUUAUCUUGAUAUCAUUAAAGUAUCUUCAAAUUCUUUAUUAACAAUUAUAAAUGAUCUUUUAGAUAUUUCAAAGAUUGAAGCAGGUAAAUUUGAAGUUGAUAAUAUUGAAUUUGACUUUAGAGAUGCAGUUGAAGAAGUUUGUGAAUUAAUGGGAGAAAGAGCUCAAGCCAAAGGAUUGGAUUUAAUUUGUUCUGUUCAUCCAUUGGUUCCACAAAAAUUAAUUGGUGAUGCUAGUAGAUUAAAACAAAUUUUAACAAACUUGUUGGGAAAUUCUGUAAAAUUUACAGAUAUUGGAGAUAUUAUUAUUGCUUGUACAUUACAACAUAUUGAUCAAGAUGAUGUAGAUAUAAGAAUCGAAGUAAAAGACACUGGAAUUGGAAUAAAAAAGGAAGCACUUCCUUUGUUAUUCAAGGCGUUUACAUCGGCAUGGCAAGCAGAGGGAGGCAAUAUCACUCGACAGUACGCAGGCAGCGGCUUGGGACUUGCUAUUUGCAAGGAACUGGCCCAACUCGCUUUUAACGGUGAGAUUGGUGUCGAGAGCCAGUAUGGAGUUGGCAGCACCUUUUGGACGCAUCUUCAUUUCAAACCAGUUCAAUCGACUAUUCAAUCGACGAUUGCUCGCAUUCAAGAUAUUAAUAUUAAUUCGUCGUCACCGUCCAAGAUUCUUGGACUCGCCAAUGGAUGCUCGUCAUCUUCGUCUACGAUUUUAGAAGCUCAACCAACAUUAUUGGCUACACCACCUGCUGCUGCAGCGGGACCUGUUGAACCGGUACUCGAGUACACCUCACCAACCAUGUUUCCCUUGUCACCGUUACCCCCCUCGUCACUUACCAUUGCACAGCAGAUUGAUAUGGAGAAUCUCACCGUCAGCUCUUUCAACAACCCACCCAACUUUGGAGGUAUCAGAGUACUUUUGAUUGAAAAGAAACAGAGUCAGAGGAAUAUACUCAGACAACAAUUUGAAGCGUGGAAUAUCCAACUAGAGACAACAACCGACGAUGUCAGUGCGAUGCAAAUGUGGAAUCAAAAGAUUAAAGAAGACAAUCCCUACUCUGUCAUUAUCAUGGACUCGUUGACCAUUGGCGAAGGUUCUCUCACUCUCUCACAAAACAUCACCAAAAAGUCACAUGGAAAAGCAAAUCCAGUCCGUUUCCUCCUUCUCCUUCCUCUUAAAAUGCGCAGUGCCGUGCUUGAAUCAGAAGCAAGAAAGUGUGGUAUCGGUGAAAUUGUUACCAAACCAUUAAGAAUGUCAAAAUUAUUAGAUAGUUUAGUUACUAUUUUAGGUUUUAAAAAGAAUAAACCAACAGUAAGAAUUAAACCAGAAUCAUUACUUGAAUCUCCACAUGAUUUAAUGGAAAUUCGAGUUUUGGUUGUAGAUGAUAAUGGAGUAAAUCGUCAAGUUGCACUUAGAAUGAUGCAGUCGGCUGGAUGCAAUGCUGAUCUGGCCAGUAGUGGAAUGGAAGCAUUGGAUAAAAUGGAAACAACCCACUAUGACAUUAUAUUUUUGGAUAUCAUGAUGCCUCAAAUGGAUGGAUUCCAAGUGACCAAAGAGAUUAGAGAACGAGAAGUACAAAAGGGAGUCACGAGAAUGAUUCCUAUCGUCGCAAUGACAGCAAAUGCUUUCAAAGAGGACGAAGCUCAAUGUUUAAAGUGUGGUAUGAACGAUUACAUUCCAAAACCAAUGAAAAUAAGUCAAGUUAGACUCAUGAUCAACAAAUGGAAACAUUACAUCUUUAAUCAAAAUCUCUCCAAUCAACAAUAA